CGUUCCGCGGUAUAAAAAGAACCCAAAAUGUUGUUGAUGCAUCGUCAAUCGUCCUUAGACUGCUCAGUUGCUCAGACAUUCAUUACCUUACGACGCAAACAUCGAAACGGCUAUCCGCUUACCAUGAAAUUCGCAGUGAUCUUUGCCAUCGCAAUGGCUUGCGUAAUGGCAGCGCCUCCAACUCCUAACGUUGCGCAAACAGCAUCCGCAGCUAGCGGUGAUGCUGAUGGAGUAGUAAAACGAUCCCCCGCUCCCGCGGUGGGCAAUCAAAAUACCAAAAAAAUUGUUAGAAGACGUCCAGUCAGUGUCAUAGACGCCAAUGGCCAACUGGUUGAUAUUGAUGACGACGAUGUCAAGUUUGUUACUGCAGGCUUUAAUGACAGACAAGUAGCUUUCCAACCCCAGCAAGCGUCGGUUGUUAGCCAAGCUCCAGUAAUGACUUCCGCUGUAGGUUCUGCCUCUGCGUUAAGCCAAACGGCCGGAGAUAUUGUUCUCAUCAGUGACGACAGCAGGGAAAUUGACGACUUGGACGAUUUCGAUGAUCUUGAUGAUUUUGCUAUCGUCUCCGCCAAUGGCCUAAAACCUUUCUCGUUCUUCAACAGACCGACUCCUGCUCGCGUUGUUUCUCAAUCGUCCCUUUUCAAUCCGUUAACAUCUUUUGUCCGUGCGCCCGUCCGCCAGACCAGACUGAAAACGAGAUUCGUACAAUCAAACAAUCCAACCACCUGUACUUGUCCUCCACAGCAACGCGAACCACUUUUCCAAUUUUCAAGAUUCCCUCAGCAAUCCGUCAACCGUUUCUCCCAGUUUGGAAGGUUUCCCCAGUUCGCUUCUUCUUCUGGGGUUCAGUUUAUCUUCGACGACUAGUUUAGACUGUAGAUCAAUGACGACGUCAAUUUGGAAUGGUGUAUUUUUUAUUGAAUUUCCCACUAGCAAAUGCAUUUUUUGUCCUACCGCAUUAUUCUACUUGUUUGGAUUUUAUAGCUGAUAGAUGUAGAGCAAAUACAACUCACUUGCUUUUUUAAAAUA